AAUAUAACACGUGGAGUAAGCAACUUGAAUCUGUCUCAUUUAGUGGACAAAACUUGACCAGUCCACAUUAGUUGUAAACGAUGAAUUUUUAUUUUGUUCUCUUUUGUUUGACAAUUGUCGGGCCAGCGUUCUCGAUAAACGUGACAGUUUACUAUGAAUCCUUAUGUCCCGAUAGCGUCGAAUUUAUUACUCGCCAGUUAUAUCCCAGUUACAGCAGCUUAGAAGAAUACAUAAAAAUAAAAUUGGUGCCAUUUGGAAAAGCCUUUCUGCUUAUUGAAAAUGAUAAUUAUAUGGUUUCCUGUCAACAUGGCCCUGCUGAAUGCAGCGGCAAUAAGUAUCAAGCUUGUUUAUUAGAUCAAAAUAAAGGACAGAAAACUGAUGUUGCUGUUAUAAACUGCAUAAUGUCCCAACCGAAUCCUUCAAUUUACCGAACAGUAGAAAACUGUGCUUCACUAUUCAAAUACAACACGACCGUUUUAAGGAAAUGUGCGAAUGGUCCUAGAGGAGAUCAAUUAAUCAUCAUGCAUGGUAAUAAAACCAUGGAUCUAGAUCCAAAUUUGUCGUUUGUGCCUACCAUAAUCUACAAUGAUUUUUACAACCAGACGGAACAAGAAGCAUCUCUAAAAGAUUUUGCUGCAGUUGUCUGUCAUAAGAUCAAAAGUGGAAAACCAAAGAUAUGUAACGGAAAAUCAUUUCCCAGAGCGACUUGGUACGAUUGGCUUAAUUAUUAAGUUUAUUUAAUAAAGAAUUUGUUCGA